AUGGGUGACGACAAGAAGAAAAAGGAAGAAAAGGAAGAUCCGUGCGCGGCCUUUGUUGGCAGCUAUGUGUUGAAAACUAUGCGUCUGAAGGAGGAAAAGUGGCAGAAACUGAUGGGCAACGAGGAGCUGAAGGUGAUCGUCAUGGAGUGGGUCAAGCGGGCACACGUGCGAAAGCUGAUCGUGACCCUGAACAAUGCGGGUGCUUUGAUUCCGUCCCAGUUCUUCCCGACCGCCGGAAAGGGCAAGCGGUGCUAUUUUGUUAAAAUUAAGCCCAUGGUGUUGAACAUCGAAAAUAUUCGAGAGCAAAUUAUGUACGGCGACCUAUCGGCGAGCCCAAUCGAUGACCUUGCUACUAUAGUGGAUGAGGUUUUUUACCCGAUUAUCAGCAACCCGCGUAACCAGGAAGGCUGGCCGGAUGUAAUCAAAAAGGACGUGGACAGCCAUUUCCAGGACCUGCGGAACAUCAUUACUGAGGUUAAGGGCAACAUCAUUAAUCAAACUCUGCUGCCCAUGCCGAUAUCCAUCGGAGAGGUGGAGAGCGUUGGUCAGCAGAUUGCCGACGGCAACCCCGACCUCUGCUCGCUUAAAAUGAAAAACUCCCUGGAGGGUAUUGUGAUUAAAUGGGCCUACCAGAUCAACGACGUCCUCAAAGAGGACUCGACUUCGAUCUUCAAAGACGGGCAUCAUCCGUCGCCCCUGGAGGAGAUCAUCUUUUGGGACGCACGGCAAAGUAAUCUGCGGAACAUCUACAGCCAGCUGCUGGAGCCGCGAGUUCGACAGAUUGGUGUCAUUCUAGAGGGUAUCGAUUCGGUGUAUUUUUCUUCCUUUAAAUCAACCUUCCAAAGUGUUGUCCAGGCCGUUCACGAAGCGGAUGAUAUUACGCUGCACUUGAAGCCUCUGCGCAAGCACUUCGAGACGUUCGAGAGUACAGACUUUACCGAUUCACUAGAAGCAAUCGCUCCAAUGCUGCACUGCGUGUGUCUUCUGUGGGCUAAAUCGUUCUACUACGGAAGCAACGCACGCAUGAUGAUUCUAUUUAAAAUGAUCAGUAACAUGAUGAUUGCGGAAGCAAGCAAGUGCUUGGAUCCAGGAUCACUGUUUCAAGGUGAACCGGACGAGUGUUUACUGAAGAUCAGCAACGUCAUAGACAUUCUAGUUUACUAUAAAGAACAGUUUCACGAUUUCCGCGCACGGCUUGACGAAUUCCGUCAACUCAGCACUCAACCAACCUACUGGACGUUUCAUCUACAAACGAUUUUUGACCGACUGGAUCUGUUCCUAUCCCGACUGGGUCAGAUCAAGGAUAUCUUUUAUACGGCGACGGAAUUUCGUAAACUGGAAAAGGUCGAAAUUGGAGGACUUCGUGGAAGAGCUAUCAGUCGUAAAAUCCAGGAAGUUUACGAAGAUUUCAAUAAACUGUAUCUGCGCUGGGGUCUCAUUCAAUACGACCCACUCGAUCCGGAUCCCGCCGAAAAGUCAUUCGAACGCGAUUUGGCAAAGUAUCAGGAGAAAUCUGACGUGCUCGAAAGGAAGUUAACAGCUCAAUUUGUGCUUGCAUUCGACGAGUGUUACAACGUAGAGCAGCUUAUGAAGCUGGUGCAAAUAGCGGGAACUCUUCUGAACCGAGAGCUGAUUCUACCUGAUAUUCAUCGGAAGAUUACCAACAUUGUGCAUUUGUACAAUAAUGAUCUGAACAUCGUCAAACGUAUCUUCGACGAAGGCUGCGAUGCUUUCAAUCAACACGGACUGGAUGGGAUUCCAAUUGACCGAAACUUUCCUCCAGUUGCCGGAGCAAUUCUAUGGAUUCAUAAGUUGCGCGAUCGAAUCACGAAACCCAUUAACGAUUUGGGCAUGGUGGAGUUUCCACUCUUCAAGGAGGACGAUGAUGAAUUUGUGAUGAAAAACUUUCAGGAAAUGUUGCGACUACUUGAAACAUUCGAAGCAAAACUGUUCCGUGAUUGGUCCUCAGGGGUCAGUAAGAAGAUUACUUUGCACAUGAGCAAACCGCUGCUGAUUCGCAAUGAGAGCAGUCUACUGGAGAUGAACUUUAAUCACGUUUUGGUUAUGAUUUUGCUUGAGAUUCGCUAUAUGAAGCGAAUGGGUCUGACAAACAUCCCGGAGAUGGCACUGAAGUUUUCCGACCUGGAGGAAGCUAUUUGGCAAGCUCGAAUGAAACUGAUGCGAAUAGUCGAGUGGUACAAUGAAAUAAUCGAGAACUGUGUUCCCUGCGAGAGAGAGUUGAUUCAGAAAGAGAUUGCCGAGAUUGAUAACAUUAUCGAAAAGGCUUGCUCGGGGAAAAUAGACUGGAAUAACUAUGAGGCAGGAUUUAUCGACGAAUUCUACAGCAAACUGAAGAAUCUGCACUCCCGUGUACUGAAUGCACAAAACAAUAUCAACAAGAUUAAAAACAGUAUACGUAGUUGGGGUCAGGUUCCAAUGUACCAGCGAAAGGAUGGUGGGGUUGAUGGAUUGCUGGAUAUUGAAGACAGACCCGAGAAGGUGCGGCGCCGUUUGGAAGCCUGUUUCGAUACCAAAAAGUUGAUUGAUAUUGCUAUGGAUCAGAAUUUCCGAUAUUACUUCGAUAUUUUUGUGGAAUCUGAAGAAAAACUCACCUCAGAAAUGUCAGUCAAGACAACCACCGAAUCAUUGCAAGUGAUAAAGAAAUCUUCCGUAGAGCUAAAAACCGAAGAAGCAGGUACCAGCUCUCAAACGGACGCUGUAGAAGCAGGAUCGUCUCUGGAGCAUUCCGAAUUAGCGCGCACCGCUUCACAGAUGGCACUUUUUAAACCUUACCAGGAAUACGUAGAUUCUCUAGUUUCCAAGGAGAUUUUAGAAGCGAUUCAUACCAGCAUACGAUACAUUAAAUUCGAGAUGGAGAAUCGCCUGGAUCACAAUGCUCCUAUCUUCGAAAUCAAGUACGAGCUGCACCCUCCCAAGACAAAGUUCGUUCCAACGCUGGAUCCCUUCGACACACAAGGAUUCCUGUCGUUGGUAGAAGGUCUUUUGACUGACAUUUACUGCAUGAGUGCGAUUCCCCGGGUUCCACCGGAGUCCCACGGAUCUGCUAAUAUUGGCGAUUCCACAUUAUCCACGUAUUUAGAUCACCUUGAUAACGAACUGGAAAUUGAACGCAUGAAAGAUUCCAUAAUCAAUCGCGUUAUUCAAACCAUUCGAGAAGCGGAAGACUACACACAACGUUUCGACGACUACAACUAUCUCUGGCUGGAUGACAGGCAGAGUGUGCUUGAGCAGUUCUUGAAGUACGGACGGCCCCUAACUCCGGAUGAAAUGGAGAUGCUGCUUUCCGCCGAUACUCCGCUGCGUGAAGUUGCCCCUACCCUGGAUCAGUUCAAGAUCCAAAUCGACAGCUAUUACGACUUAUACGAUAAGAUUUUUGUCAACAUGAACAUAUUCGAGGUGUUCGACGUUUGGCUGUCGAUCGACCUGCGACACUUCAAGACUGUGCUGCUGCUAGAGAUCAGCAAGUGGUCCAAUCUUUUCAAGAAAAACUUAAUUGAUAAAGUGGUCAACAGCCUGCAGGAUCUGGAAGAUUUUGCGAACGAGUGCGAUGAAAUAUUUGUUCUGGAAGUGUCCGAAGAAGACUUCCCUACACUGUUGAAAAUCUUGUCGGCACUAAACAAGCUUAAAGAACGUGAAAAUACCUACGACAACAUGUUUGAACCGUUGAAGGCUACCGUGGAUCUUCUGAAGGGUUAUAAUGUGGAGUUCGAUGAGAACGUCUACAAACAAUUUGCCGAACUUCCGGAGCGAUGGUUGCAUGUAAAGAAAACGGCUUCAAAAGUUCGCGAGAAAAUAGCUCCGGCGCAGUCCUACCAGGUGGACCUGAUUAAAAAGCGAAUAACAUUGUUCGACAUCCGUUCCAAGUUGUACAGGGAAGGCUUCAAGAAGUUACCCUUCUUCAAGGUUCCCUGUGAAAACGUGUACCAGAUGUGCAAUCAGGUCAACCUGGAGCUGAACAUAAUGGAAACACAGAUGAAAAACCUGUGCGACUCGGCUGCGCUGUUCGAGCUGAAUCCUCCGGACGACAACAAGAUGCGCCUAUGCCGGAAGGAGAUCCGCAUGAUCAAACAGAUCUGGGACUUCGUCUAUGCGGUGGAAUCGUGCGUUAACGACUGGAAAAAGACCCCAUGGAAGAAGAUCGACGUCGAAGCGAUGGAGGUGGAGUGCAAGAACUACGGCAAGCAGAUUCGCCAACUGGACAAAGAUAUGCGCUCGUGGAAUCCGUACUUGCAUGUAGAGGCAGUACUGAAGAAUUUGCUGACUUCGCUGCGUGCUAUAACGGAGCUGCAAAAUCCGGCGAUACGAGAACGCCACUGGAUCGAGCUGAUGCAUGCUACCAAGCUGUUGAAAACUUAUGGAAGGGAAAUGCUGGUACGCUUUCGAAUGGAUGAUUCAACAACCCUGGCCGAUCUGUUGGAGUUAAACCUACACAACUAUGAGGAAGAGGUCAAAACAAUCGUGGACAAAUCGGUUAAGGAAAUGGGUAUGGAGAAGGUUUUGCGUGAUCUGGAGGUGGCAUGGAAGGAUUUGAACUUUGAAUAUGAGACCCACGAGCGCACUGGACUGAGGCUGGUCAAGGUGUCCGAAGAGAUUAUCGAGAUGCUAGAAGAAAACCAAGUACAACUGCAGAACUUAAUGUCCUCCAAAUAUAUCGCGUACUUCCUGGCGGAGGUUUCCAAGUGGCAGUUGGCACUUUCCAAUGCGGAUCAGGUGAUUACGGCUUGGUUUGAGGUUCAACGCAAGUGGAUGUACUUGGAAAGUAUCUUCAUUGGAUCUGAAGAUAUUCGAAGUCAAUUGCCGGAAGAUUCGAAACGGUUCGAUGGGAUAGAUAAAGAAUUCAAGCGGCUGCUGGGUGAGAUGGUAGCGAAUCCAAAUAUUGUGAAGGCCACUAAUAAAGAAGGAUUGUACGAAAAACUUGAGCAAUUGCUAUCCGAAUUAGUGCUUUGUGAAAAGGCAUUGAAUGACUACUUGGAGACGAAACGGCUGGCCUAUCCAAGAUUCUAUUUUGUAUCCUCUGCGGAUUUGCUGGAUAUUCUCUCCAAUGGCAACCAACCGGAACUGGUUGCCAAGCACCUAACCAAGUUGUACGAUUCCCUGGCAAAACUGGUCUUCACCAAACACUCCAAGAAAAUAGCUAUUGGAAUGAUUUCAAAAGAGAACGAAGAGUAUGUUGCAUUCAAGAAGGAUUGUGACUGUAGUGGCAAGGUCGAGAUUUGGCUGAACCGUGUGACAGAUUCAAUGCGUUUGACCUUGCAUGACCUCUUCGAACAGGCGGUGGUAGCCUACGAAGAGAAACCGCGUGAUCAGUGGAUUUUCGAUUGGCCCGCUCAACCGGCACUCUGUGCAACACAAAUCUGGUGGACAACGGAAGUGAACGUCGCCUUCUCCCGUCUGGAGGAAGGUUACGAAAAUGCCCUGAAGGACUACCAGAAAAAGCAGAUUGUCCAAUUGAGUGCGCUUAUCGUUCUGCUGUGCGGUGACUUGAGCCAAGGCGAUCGUCAAAAGAUUAUGACCAUCUGUACCAUUGAUGUCCAUUCGCGCGAUGUGGUGGCAAAAAUGAUUCAACAGAAGGUCGAAACUGGCCAAGCAUUCCAGUGGCAAAGCCAGCUGCGCCAUCGUUGGGAUGAUCAAAUUGGAGACUGUUUCGCCAACAUUUGCGAUGCCCAAUUUCGAUACGACUAUGAAUAUCUGGGAAACACUCCGCGAUUGGUUAUCACACCACUAACCGAUCGUUGCUACAUUACGUUGACUCAGUCAUUGCAUCUCAUUAUGGGAGGUGCCCCGGCUGGGCCAGCGGGCACUGGCAAAACCGAAACUACAAAGGAUCUCGGCCGAGCGCUGGGAAUUAUGGUGUACGUCUUCAACUGCUCGGAACAGAUGGACUACAAGUCCUGCGGUAACAUCUACAAAGGACUCUCGCAAACCGGUGCCUGGGGUUGCUUCGACGAAUUCAAUCGCAUCUCGGUUGAGGUCCUGUCGGUGGUGGCCGUCCAGGUGAAGUCGAUCCAGGAUGCGAUCAAGGGUGAACAAAAAUAUGCAACCCUUAGUGAUAUCAAGGGCAAGAAGGAGAAAUUCAAUUUUAUGGGUGAAAUCAUCUCCCUCAUCCCGACGGUGGGUAUUUUCAUCACGAUGAACCCCGGUUACGCCGGCCGAACGGAACUGCCCGAAAACCUGAAGGCCUUAUUCCGACCGUGCGCUAUGGUCGUUCCGGAUUUCGAGCUGAUUUGCGAAAUUAUGCUGGUCGCCGAGGGUUUCCAGGAGGCUCGGCUGCUGGCGCGAAAGUUCAUCACGCUGUAUACCCUGUGCAAGGAGCUGCUCUCUAAACAGGAUCACUACGAUUGGGGCUUGCGAGCCAUCAAGUCGGUGUUGGUCGUUGCCGGAUCACUAAAGCGAGGUGAUCGCGAGCGUCCCGAAGACCAGGUUCUGAUGCGUGCCUUGCGAGAUUUCAAUAUUCCAAAGAUUGUAACCGACGACGUGCCCGUCUUCAUGGGUCUAAUUGGGGAUCUGUUUCCAGCACUGGAUGUACCGCGGAAACGAUCACCGGACUUUGAACGACUUAUCCGAAAGUCGACCAUGGAGUUAAAGCUGCAACCCGAAGACAACUUCAUCCUUAAGGUAGUUCAGCUGGAAGAACUGUUCGCCGUACGUCAUUCUGUCUUCAUCGUUGGUUUUGCUGGUACCGGAAAGACACAAGUUUGGAAAUCGUUAUUUAAAACAUAUCAAAACCAGCGGCGGAAGCCCCAUUUCAAUGAUCUGGACCCGAAGGCUGUGACAAACGACGAGCUGUUUGGGAUCAUUAAUCCGGCAACUCGAGAGUGGAAAGAUGGGUUGUUUUCGGUAAUAAUGCGUGAUCAAGCCAAUAUGGGUGGAACUGGACCCAAGUGGAUCGUACUGGAUGGUGAUAUCGACCCCAUGUGGAUCGAGAGUCUAAACACGGUAAUGGAUGACAAUAAAGUGCUCACUUUGGCCAGUAACGAACGGAUUGCGCUUACGAAGGAAAUGCGUCUGCUGUUUGAAAUUUCUAACCUGAGAACUGCGACUCCAGCUACCGUCUCACGUGCGGGUAUUCUCUACAUCAACCCUCAAGAUCUUGGAUGGAAUCCAUUCGUUGCCUCGUGGAUCGACUCCCGGGAAACUCAAGCCGAAAAGAGCAUCCUUUCCGUCCUGUUCGACAAAUACAUUCCUCCGCUGAUCGAGGCACACAAACGCUUCAAGAAGAUUACACCAAUUUCAGAGAUUGCGAUGAUUCAAAUGACGUGCCAUCUUUUGGAUUGCCUUCUGACACCGCAAAACCUUCCUCCCGAUAGCCCCAAAGAAUGGUACGAGAUCUACUACGUAUUUGCCGUAAUCUGGGGAUUCGGAUCUUCUCUGUAUCAAGAUCAACUGGUAGAUUGGCGUAAUGAGUUUCAUAAAUGGUGGAUCAACGAGUUCAAAGCGAUCCGCUUUCCACCUGGGGGAACUAUCUUCAACUAUUAUAUUGAACCAGAAACGAAGAAGUUCAACCCUUGGACGGAGCUUGUUCCCAGCUUCGAACUGGAUACCGACAUACCUCUGCAAUCGAUUCUGGUUCCAACGGCAGAAACCACUCGUCUUCGCUGGUUCAUGGACAUUCUGAUAGAGGCAAAGCACCCAGUCAUGCUGAUAGGUGGCGCUGGCUCCGGAAAAAGUGUCAUCGUAGCUGACAAACUCAACAACCUUUCGUACAACUACGCCGUCACCAAUGUACCGUUCAAUUUCUACACUACUUCUGAAAUGUUGCAACGUGUUCUGGAGAAACCGCUGGAGAAAAAAGCGGGACGAAAUUUUGGUCCUCCCGGAAGUAAAACUAUGGUCUACUUCGUAGAUGACAUGAACAUGCCCGAAGUGGACACCUACGGUACCGUUCAGCCGCACACUUUAAUUCGCCAAUUCAUGGACUACCGACACUGGUACGAUCGCACCAAGUUAACCCUGAAAGACAUACACAACUGUCAGUUUGUGUCCUGCAUGAAUCCAACGGCCGGUUCCUUCACAAUAGAUCCUCGAUUACAGCGUCAUUUCUGUGUUUUCGCCGUCAGUUUCCCAACGGGAGAUCCCUUGUACCACAUCUACUACUCCAUCUUGUCGCAACAUUUGUCAAACCCACUAAACAAAUUUUCCCUUCAAACCCAAAAAAUCUGCGCAGCUCUGGUAUCCUGCGCUUUGAGUCUACAUUUACGAAUGGGUCAAACUUUCCUCCCGACAGCCAUUAAAUUCCAUUACGUUUUUAACCUACGCGAUCUGGCAAACAUAUUUCAGGGAAUGUUAUUUGCCAACGGUGACACUUGUCCGGAGCCAAACUAUCUCAUCCGAUUGUGGGUGCACGAGGCCACACGAGUCUACAGUGACAAGCUGGUGGACGAUCGAGACAUUGAAACAUACCGGAAGCUGCGUUCCGAAGUGGUCAAGAAAUCCUUCGAGGAAUUCGAUGAAUCGAAGGUCUUUUCGACGCCGAUCAUCUACUGCCACUUUGCCGAUGGUUUAGUGGAUCCCAAAUACAUGCCAGUUGCCAGCUGGGAAAGUUUGAGUAAGACGCUAGAGGAGGCCCAAGCGAACUACAACGAUAUGAUAGGGGCGAUGAAUCUGGUGCUCUUUGAAGAUGCUAUGAGCCACGUUUGUAGAAUCAAUAGGAUUCUGGAGGGACCUAGGGGUAAUGCGUUGCUCAUUGGAGUGGGUGGUUCUGGUAAGCAGUCGCUAUCGAGACUGGCUGCCUUCAUUUCCGGGCUGGAAGUUUCCCAAAUUCAGCUGAGGAAGGGCUACGGAAUAGCUGACUUGAAGGCAGAUUUGGCUGUACUGUACAUGAAAACUGGAGUGAAAAAUGUACCCUGCAUGUUUCUGAUGACGGACGCACAGGUUGCAGAAGAGUCUUUUCUAGUGCUAAUAAAUGAUUUGCUGGCGUCCGGUGAGAUUCCUGAAUUGUUUCCAGAGGACGAAAUCGAUAACAUAGUAAACGCCCUGCGAAAUGAAGUCAAACAGUUAGGUAUUUUAGACACCAAAGAGAACUGCUGGAAGUAUUUUAUUGAUAAAGUACGCAAGUCACUCAAGAUUGUGUUGUGCUUUUCGCCGGUGGGAUCUACGCUGAGAGUUAGGGCUCGGAAAUUUCCAGCAUUGGUAAACUGCACAGCAAUUAACUGGUUUCAUGAGUGGCCCAAGACGGCACUGGAGUCUGUCUCCACCCGAUUCUUGGCCGAAGUAGACGUAAUGCCGCGGGACUUGGUAGAACCGGUAGCCGUCUUUAUGGCGUUCGUUCACGGAACGGUCAACGAAAUGUCCCACAUCUACCUACAGAAUGAACGCCGCUACAAUUACACAACGCCGAAAUCGUUCCUGGAACUGAUCGCUCUGUAUUCGAAGUUUGUCAAAGAAAAGUACGCCGAAUUGAAUGACCGCGUACUGCGACUGGAAAGCGGAAUCUUGAAACUGGCCGAAUGUGCCGAACAGGUAGACUCGCUUCAAGUUCAACUCGCCGAACAGGAGGUUGUUCUAAAGAAGAAAAACCAGGAGGCGGAUAAAUUGAUUAAAGUGGUGGGCGCCGAAAACGAAAAGGUACAGAAGGAGAAGAAUUUUGCCGCCGAAGAAGAAACCAAGGUUCGGGUUAUUGAAGAGGACGUCGGUGUGAAGGCCAAGAUUUGCGAGGAAGAUUUGAAAAAGGCAGAACCGGCGCUGCUCGCGGCACAGGAAGCUCUGAACACGUUGGACAAAACCAACCUGACCGAGCUGAAGUCGUUCGGCUCUCCGCCGGAACAGGUCGUAAAGGUUUGCGCUGCCGUCUUGGUUCUGUUUUCACCCAAGGGAAAGAUUCCCAAAGAUCGCAGCUGGAAGGCGUGCAAGCUGAUGAUGAACAAGGUGGACGUUUUUCUGAACGAUCUUCUGUACUACGACAAGGAGCACAUUCAACCGGAUGUGAUAAAAGCACUGCAGGAUUAUCUUAAGGACCCCGAUUUUGAUCCGGAAAAAAUUCGCGCUAAAUCAGCAGCAGCAGCUGGAUUGUGUGCUUGGGUUAUAAACAUUCAUAAAUUUUACCAAGUAUAUCUGGUGGUGGAACCGAAACAGAGAGCCCUAAAUGAAGCGCAAAGUGAGCUGAAAGCAGCGCAGGAUAAGUUGAUGGAUCUGACUAGUAUGAUCAACGAGUUGGAAGAGCGACUUGGUGUCAUUCAGGCUGAGUUCAAUGAUGCUCUGGCCGAGAAGCAAAAGUGCCAGGAUGAGGCCGAUAAGACCGCAUUCACGAUUGACCUUGCGCACCGUCUGGUGAAUGGAUUGGCGUCGGAAAAUGUCCGCUGGCGGGAAUCGAUAGCGCAACUGAAGAGCCAAACGGUGACUCUUCCGGGUGAUGUGCUUUUGAUUGCUUGCUUUAUUAGCUACGUCGGUUGCUUCACCAGGCGGUACCGGGUCGAGCUGCAGGAGAAAAUGUGGAUCCCCACAUUCCGAUUGGCGAAGCCUGCAAUACCUUUCACCGAAGGCGUUGAUCCACUGAACUUAAUUGUAGACGACGCUGUCAUCGCUUCUUGGAACAAUGAAGGACUACCAUCGGAUCGCAUGUCGUCAGAAAAUGCGGCCAUCCUCACGUACUCUUCUCGGUGGCCACUUAUGAUCGACCCUCAACUCCAAGGCAUCAAAUGGAUCAAGCAAAAAUACGGCAACGAUCUGACCGUUCUGCGAUUGACAGCUAAGGGAUACCUGGAAGUAAUCGAGAGAUGCGUCACCAACGGCAGCACAUUGUUGAUCGAAAACAUUGGCGAAACCAUUGACGCCGUUCUGGAUCCCCUGCUGGGAAGAAUGCUAGUCAAAAAAGGCAAAUGCCUCCGGAUGGGCGAAAAAGAGAUCGACUACAACCCGAAGUUUCAACUGAUUCUGCAAACGAAACUGGCGAAUCCUCACUAUAAACCGGAGAUGCAAGCGCAGACCACGUUGAUCAACUUUACCGUUACCCGGGAUGGUCUCGAAGAGCAGCUGCUUGCCGAGGUUGUCAAAGCCGAACGUCCGGAUCUGGAGCAGCAGAAGGCCGAUCUAACGAUGCAGCAAAAUACGUUCAAAAUCACACUCAAGAUGCUGGAAGACGAUCUGCUGAGUCGACUUUCCUCCGCUGGAGAGAAUGUUCUGGAAGAUGCAAGUCUUGUGCUGAACCUGGAGAAAACUAAGAAAACAGCCGCCGAGGUCGAAAUCAAGGUUCGCGAGGGCAAAAAGACUUCCGAGCAGAUCGACGUGGCACGCGAAAGUUACCGACCGGCAGCCGAACGUGCUUCAAUUCUGUACUUUAUCUUGAACGACCUGCACAAGAUCAACCCAAUCUAUCAGUUUUCUCUGAAAGCAUUCACAACCGUAUUUAAGGAUGCUAUCGCUGCAACACCAGAAGCCGAAAAACUAAAGGAUCGCGUCUUCAACCUAAUUGAUUCGAUUACUUUUGCCGUUCACAUGUACACAAGCCGAGGCUUGUUCGAGAAAGAUAAAUUGAUCUUCAUGGCCCAGAUGGCCAUUCAAAUUCUUUUGCAGGCCAAGGAAAUUGAUCCGGCCGAGUUGGACUUUUUGUUAAGAUUCCCUUACACACCGAAUCUAACUUCGCCGUUCGAUUUCCUAACGAAUGCUGGAUGGGGUGGAAUUAAGGCCCUAGCCGGUAUGGAUGAAUUUAGAUCACUAGAUAAGGAUAUCGAAGGAUCAGCCAAACGCUGGAGAAAACUAAUCGAAUCGGAGUGUCCGGAGCGUGAUAAGAUGCCGGGUGAAUGGAAGAACAAAAAUGCCUUGCAAAGGUUGUGCAUUAUGCGCUGUUUGAGACCGGAUCGAAUGACCUACGCGGUACGAACAUUUGUCGAAGAAAAGCUGGGAGCGAAAUACGUGGAAGCUCGAAUGGUUGAGUUCGAUAAGUCGUUCAAGGAAACCAGUGCGUCAACGCCGGUAUUCUUUAUACUUUCACCCGGUGUAGAUCCGCUGAAGGACGUCGAGAAACUUGGCAAAAAACUACGCUACUCUACUGACCAUGGCAACUUUUACAACGUUUCCCUCGGUCAGGGUCAGGAAGUGGUCGCAGAAAACGCCAUCGACGUUGCCUCCAAGCAAGGUCACUGGGUAAUCUUGCAGAACAUUCAUUUGGUUGCAAAGUGGCUUUCAACACUGGAAAAGAAGAUGGAAGCAACUCAAGACGAUUCGCACGAAAAUUAUCGUCUGUUUAUUAGUGCGGAACCAGCCGCCUCUCCCGAGUUUCACAUCAUUCCACAAGGCAUACUGGAAUCCGCCAUAAAAAUCACCAAUGAACCACCCACUGGAAUGCUCGCCAACAUUCACAAAGCGUUGGACAACUUCAACCAAGAAACGCUAGAAAUGUGUGGCAAAGAGGCCGAAUUCAAGGCCAUCUUAUUCUCCCUUUGCUACUUCCACGCUGUAGUCGCGGAACGCAGAAAGUUUGGUCCCCAAGGCUGGAACCGUGUGUAUCCGUUCAACGUAGGUGAUCUCACAAUCAGCGUCUAUGUCCUGUACAACUAUCUGGAAGCAAACAAUCGUGUUCCUUGGGAAGAUCUUCGCUAUCUUUUUGGUGAAAUUAUGUAUGGUGGUCACAUCACCGACGACUGGGAUCGAAGAUUGUGUCGAACCUACUUAGAAGAAUUAAUGCAACCAGAACUGGUGGAUGGAGAUCUAAACCUGUGCGCAGGAUUCCCAGCCCCACCCAAUCUGGAUUACAUCGGCUAUCACAAUUAUAUCGAUGACAACUUGCCCGUUGAAUCUCCAUACCUCUACGGUCUUCAUCCAAAUGCGGAGAUUGGCUUCCUCACAACGUUAUCCGAACAACUAUUCAAAACCAUCUUUGAGCUACAACCCCGCGAUUCAGGAGCCGCUUCGGGUUCAACCGUCAGUCGAGAAGAUGUCGUCAAGACAAUCAUCGAAGACUUUACCGACAAACUACCCGAGGAGUUUAAUAUGCUCGAACUUAUGGCCCGCGUCGAAGAUCGUACACCGUUCAUCAUCGUCGCCUUCCAGGAAUGCGAACGGAUGAACAUUCUGGUACGUGAGAUGAAACGUUCGCUCAGGGAGCUCAUGCUUGGACUCAAAGGGGAGCUCACCAUAACCUCGGAUAUGGAAGAGCUGGAAGCAGCUCUGUUCUUUGAUGAUGUACCAGAAAAUUGGACGAAACGUGCCUACCCUUCCAUGUUUGGAUUACAGUCUUGGUUUGCCGAUCUAACCAUUCGGAUCAAGGAGCUAGAAGCUUGGUCUAACGAUUUUAACCUUCCAUCGUCGGUGUGGCUAGCUGGAUUCUUCAAUCCACAAAGUUUCCUAACAGCAAUCAUGCAGCAGACGGCACGCAAGAAUGAGUGGCCCUUGGAUAAGAUGUGUUUGAGUUGUGACGUGACAAAGAAGUGGAAAGAGGACAUCAGUGCUCCGCCGCGCGAAGGAGCAUAUGUCAAUGGAUUGUACAUGGAAGGGGCCCGUUGGGAUACCAACAUCGGCUCGAUCGCUAGCUCACGGCUGAAGGAGCUCUUCCCGCAGAUGCCGGUAAUGUUCAUCAAAGCGAUCACACAGGACAAACAAGAAACGAAAAACAUUUACGAAUGUCCGGUUUAUAAAACCAGGAUUCGGGGUCCCACCUAUGUGUGGACGUUUAAUUUGAAAUCAAAGGAGAAACCGGCCAAGUGGACCCUGGGAGGUGUUUGCUUGCUGCUGCAGGUUUAG